AUGUCAAAUUCUAAUUCAAAUUCAAAUUCAAAUUCAAAUUCUGAAGUAGAAUCAAGAGGUAAAUCUCUUGAAAUUGAAGAAUAUCAAAUUGAUAAUAAUUAUCAAUCAUCAGAAACUUUAGAUAUUCAUCAAUUAAAUAAAGUUUAUCGUAAAUUGGAUUUAAGAAUUAUACCAGCAUUAUGGUGUCUUUAUUUUUUAACAUCAUUUGGUUCCAAUUGUUAUGGAUUGACAUUAACUAUGAAUAGAUCUGAAGGUCAUUCAUUAGCACAGCAAUUACAUUUAACUUCUAAAGAUAUAUCUACUGCUCUGGCAUUAUAUUAUGUUGGUUAUAUUAUAUUUGAUGUCCCCAUGAAUUUAAUCAUGACUAAAGUUAGUCCUCAAACUUGGUUAGCAAGAAUUGUUAUUACAGUUGGAUUAGUUUAUACAUGUUAUCAUGUUUUAUAUAAUUCUGGUGGAGUCAUUGCUGUUAGAUUCAUUAGUGGUGUUGUUGGUGCUGGUACUUGGCCCGGAUUAAGUUAUUAUGUCAGUUUAUGGUAUCCUAAUGAUAGACUGACAAGAAGAAUUGGUUAUUAUUUCACUGCGGCUCAGAUUUCUGCUGCUGUUGCUGGAUUAGUAAGUGCUGGAUUUCAAAAAAUGGAUGGUGUUCAUGGUUAUACCGGUUGGCAAUGGAUGUAUUUAGUUUAUGGUGUUAUUACUAUGGCGGUGGGUAUUUCUUUAUUAUGGUGGUUACCUGAUAGACCAUUUAUUGGAGUUAAACAACAAAGUAAUAAAUUUGUUGAAAUUUAUAGAAAAUUCACUACUCCACCUCAUCCAUUAAAUGAACAAGAAAAAGAAUUACAUCGUAAAGAUUUACAACAUAGAUAUAAAUUAUUGAAAUGGACUUGGAAAGAUGUGAUUAAUAUUAUUACUGAUUUAAGAAUUUGGCCGUUGAUUAUUAUGUAUUUUGGAGUUGUUGGUACUGGAUUUGGUUUAGCAGUUUUCGGUUCCACUAUUAUUGCUACUAAUAAUCCAAAUUUAACAUCUAUACAAGUAUCAUUAUUAUAUGCUCCAAUUUGGUUAUUUGAUUUAGGUGGGAUAUUAAUAAUUACUCCCUUUGCUGAUAGAUUCAAAAAAUUCCGGGCAUUAAUCUUCAGUGGUGCUUGUGUUAUCAUUAUUGUUGGUAUGAUAGUUACAACAUUUGCUCAUGGUUCAUGGAAUAAAUAUGCUGGGUUGUUAAUUGCUGGGUUUGGGUUAGGUCCUACUGUUCCUAUUUGUAUGUCUUGGUCAGCAGAAAUUUUCCAACAACGUUAUGGUGAUGUUGGUUGUGCUGUUAGUGCUGCAUUGGUCAGUGGAUUAGGAAAUUUGGGUUCAGUCACUUCUACUUAUGCAUUAUAUUCGGGUUGGCCAGAAGAUAAAGCUAGAUUAUACCGAAACUCAAACAUGAUGUUGGUGCUUAUGUUGGGAGUCAGUAUCAUUGCUUCUGGUGUAUGUCAAUUGAUCAAAGAUAAAGUUAGACAACCAAAAUAA